AAGGAAACAAAGCUAUGUAAAGACAUUGAUGCUACUGCGUCAGCAACAAUGCUCAAAUUUUAGUUCUAACCAGACCUUGGCAAAUGUGGUGUCUAUAUUAGAAGAUGGUCCUACAGCACAAGGACGGGCAUGCUCUUGCCCUGGUGCACAAGCACGGGCAUGCUCUUGCACUGGUUCAGAGCCGCCUUGGUGAGGAAGGCCGUCGCAUCUUCUUCGCGUUUGGGGCAGGGUUGUUAGUUCCUGCACUGCGGACGGAGGAGAAUUGGCUCUCUGCAGCCACCGUCCCUCUUAAGAAAAUCAGCAAGACUCGUUGGCGACCAUUACCUCCAGGGAGCCUGCAGACAGCGGAGACUUUCGCCACGGGCUCUUGGGACAAUGAGGAAAAUUAUGUUUCACUGUGGUCUAUUGGAGAUUUUGGAAACUUGGAUUCUGAUGGAGGAUUUGAAGGAGACCAUCAGUUAUUGUGCAGUAUCAAACAUCAUGGUGAUGUAAUGGAUUUACAAUUUUUGGACCAGGAAAGAAUUGUAGCUGCUUCAUCGACAGGAUAUGUGACAAUUUUCCUCCACCAUCCAAAUAACCAGACUCUGUCAGUCAGCCAGCAGUGGACAGCAGCUCACUACCACACGGGUCCAGGCAGUCCUUCCUGUAGCAAUGCACCAUGCACAGGUGUUGUGUGCAACAACCCAGAAAUUGUCACAGUUGGAGAAGAUGGUCGGAUAAAUCUCUUCAGAGCUGAUCACAAGGAAGCUGUAAGAACUAUAGACAAUGCAGAUAGCAGUACACUCCAUGCUGUAACCUUCCUUCGAACUCCUGAGAUUCUUACAGUAAAUUCAAUUGGACAGUUAAAAAUAUGGGAUUUUAGACAACAAGGAAAUGAGCCCACUCAGAUAUUAUCACUGACUGGUGACCGAGUGCCACUCCACUGUGUGGAUCGACAUCCCAACCAGCAGCACGUUGUAGCUACUGGCGGCCAGGAUGGAAUGUUGAGUAUUUGGGAUGUUAGACAAGGUACAAUGCCUGUGUCUCUACUAAAGGCUCAUGAAGCUGAAAUGUGGGAAGUUCACUUUCACCCAUCCAACCCAGAUCAUCUGUUCACUUGUUCUGAAGAUGGAUCUCUCUGGCACUGGGAUGCCUCCACAGACGGACCUGAGAAGUCGUCACUCUUUCACCAAGGAGGAAGAAAUAGUACUUUUUUGUCUCAUACCAUUAGUAACCAAGCUAAUGUUCACCAAUCUCUUAUAAGCUCCUGGCUCAGCACUGAUCCUGCCAAAGAUCGUAUUGAAAUCACAAGCUUGCUUCCUAAUAGGACUUUGUCUGUGAACAGUCUGGAUGUUUUAGGUCCUUGUCUUGUUUGUGGAACGGAUGCAGAAGCAAUUUAUGUUACUAGACAGCUUUUUUCAUGA